GGGAAGUCUCCAGUCGAUCGCAAAAACAACCGAAGAAAUAUUGUUUACGAAAACAAGAAAUUUGCAAAUAUUUGCAGCAUGGAGACCCUACUCUCCGAUGAGGCAGACUCUGCAGGGUCUGAUACGGUCACGAUGGAGCUGAAAAACGUGAACAUGACUGGCAGUGGGAAGGAGAGGGUUGGAAUGGAGGACUUCGAAUUGCUGAAAGUUUUAGGAACUGGAGCUUACGGAAAGGUGUUCCUGGUGCGUAAAGUCGGCGGUUCAGAUGACAAGAAGCUGUAUGCCAUGAAGGUUUUAAAAAAGGCCAGCAUAGUGCAGAAGACGAAGACAACAGAACACACAAAGACCGAGAGACAAGUUCUCGAGGCCAUCCGACAGUCGCCCUUCCUGGUCACACUCCAUUAUGCCUUCCAGACCGAUGCCAAGCUCCAUCUGAUUCUGGACUACGUUGGCGGAGGUGAGAUGUUCACACACCUCUACCAGAAGGAACACUUCAGAGAGUCUGAAGUUAGAAUCUAUAUUGGAGAGAUCGUCUUAGCCCUGGAGACCCUUCACAAGCUGGGCAUUAUCUACCGGGACAUCAAGCUGGAGAACAUCCUGCUGGACUCCCAUGGACAUAUCAUCCUGACAGACUUCGGACUCAGCAAGGAGUUCCUCGCUAGCGAUGCUACUCAUCGAGCAUACUCGUUCUGCGGGACAAUUGAAUACAUGGCACCUGAGGUCGUUCAAGGAAGAUCUGGCCAUGAUUUUGCUGUAGACUGGUGGUCCCUGGGUGUCCUGACAUAUGAGCUGCUCACCGGGGCAUCCCCCUUCACAGUGGAUGGAGAGAAGAACUCACAGUCUGAAAUAUCAAAGAGAAUAUUAAAGUGCAACCCUCCAAUUCCGAGUGAUUUCUCAUCGGAAGCCAAGGAGUUCAUUCUACGAUUGUUGACAAAGGAUCCUUUGAAACGACUCGGCUCUAAUGGGGCUGAUGCUAUCAAGAAACAUCCUUUUUUCAAGGGCCUGAACUGGCAAGAUCUGUCACGGAAGAAAGUUCCAGCACCAUUUGUGCCCAAAAUUCGGCAUGAGCUGGAUGUGAGCAACUUCUCGGAAGAGUUCACCGCGAUGCAGGCUGCAGACUCCCCGGCCAUUGUUCCCAUGAACGGGGAGAAACUGUUCAAGGGCUAUUCCUAUGUGGCUCCGUCCAUCAUCUUCACCGAGAACACUAUCAGCAGUAGUCUACUUCACCCCACCCGGGAACACCAGCCUGAUGAGUCCAACCUUCUCUGUACUAGUCAUCUCAAAAACUCUCCAUUCUUCCAGCACUAUGACCUUGACCUAAAAGAUCCUCCAUUAGGAGAUGGGAGUUUCUCUAUAUGCAGAAAGUGUCGUCACAAACAGACCAGCAUUCAAUACGCGGUGAAGAUAAUCAGUCGGCGGGUGGAAUGUCAUCGGGAGAUCCAGUUACUCAGGAUGUGUCAAGGUCAUCCAAAUAUCGUGCAGUUACAAGAUGUGUAUCACGACGAGUUCCACACCUACAUUGUGAUGGAGUUACUCAGAGGAGGGGAACUACUGGAUCGAAUUAGGAAAAAGAAGAGUUUCACAGAGACGGAAGCCAGUGAGAUAAUGCAGAAGUUAGUGAGAGCAGUAGACUUCAUGCACCUCAAGGGAGUUGUGCAUCGAGAUCUGAAACCAGAGAAUCUGAUAUUUGAGGAUAAUACUGAUGAUGCUGAGAUCAAGAUUGUUGACUUUGGGUUUGCCAGACUCAACCCAGAGAACCAACCCCUAAAAACUCCAUGCUUUUCCCUUCCCUAUGCCGCCCCCGAGGUUCUCCGACAGACAACGAACCGGGACACCGGGUAUGAUGAGUCAUGUGACCUGUGGAGUCUGGGAGUUAUCCUGUACACUAUGUUGUCUGGGAAGGCGCCCUUCCAGGCUCAGAGUCGUGAUGACACUGCAGAGGCAAUCAUGUCAAGAAUCAAGGGAGGAGAGUUUGACUUGUCCCUGCCUGAAUGGAAGUCUGUGUCAGAGCCAGCUAAAAGACUUAUAAAGGGUUUAUUACGUGUGGAACCAAGGAAGCGUUUGACAAUGUCAGAUCUGCAGAAGAACGAUUGGGUCAACGGCAGCAACUCACAGGUCUUCUCUCACACACCGCUCAAGACUCCUGGCGUUCUCUCCGGCUCAGUCAAUGUGCAGUUGUCUGUAACAAUGGAUGCUUUUCACAUGGCUACUAAAGAGGGCUUCAGGCUUCAAGAUGUUGCCACUGCCCCAUUAGCCAAACGACGUCGAGCUAAGAAAAGCUCAACAGACAAUCGUAGUAGUUCUACAGACAGUAAUAAUUCUAGUUCGACUGUUUCAUCGGGGCUGACACAGUCUCCAGUGCGGCAGUCGCCGGUGAGGACUCACUCGAACACCUCAAACACCUCCAGUACCUCUCAGGGAUCCAUGUCCAGUAUGGGCUUUGUGCCCCAGAAGGGUGGCGCGCCCAGAGUGGACAGCCCUUUGUCCUCAACCUCCAAGGAGAGAGUGAUUCAUAUAAACUCGACCGACGCUCCAGAGGUUGAAGUGCACAUGACUCGCGGUAUCAAACGCAAGUUGGACAUUGAACAACGUCUGGCGGAAGAGGAUGAAGAUGACGAUUGUAUAAUCAUUGCUAACACAUUCCCCUCUUCCAGAACUAAUGCUGAAGACAAAUCGAAAAAUGGUUCCACCAAACGAAUACGGACUGAUACUAUUGUUAUUGAUGAUUAGAGGAUCUGUGAUAAUGACCCGUGGUCAUGGUUUAUAAAUGAUAUGUUGCUUUUUUUUCAGAAUCUAUUCCAUUUUAAUGUAUUGUUAGUGUCUUACUCCUAGAACACAUAUCUAAGAUUUGGUGGGAGCUGGUGCCCUGUGAAGUGUUUACAUGAGUUGUCUCCCCUUGACUUCAUUUCUCACC